UUUCGUUUGAACUUUUCAGUUGGUCAGGAAAAAAUGUGUGCAGGUGUGGUGUUGGUCGGCAGAUUAAAGGACACGGUCAUCGAGGAGGAGCAGGAGUGGAUGGCCGCUGGAUGGCAGCGGAACGGGGUCAACGUGAACAACCGAAAUCGGCACCGGCAACAGUGUCGCCCAAUCCAGAUCGGGCUUCAGCAAGUGGUUCCGCAGUACAAUAAGUCGAGCGGAACGAAAUUUUGCCAGACCUUCCCGUCGAACAGCGACGCCUUCGGCAACAGUCGGUUCCCCCAGCAGCAAAACCAACGUCAUCAAUCUGAAGCGUUCGGCAACUGUGGAUUCCACUCGUCGGGAACCGUUGAUCCGCAUCAACAAGGCCACGUCACGGUUUGGCUAUGAGUCCAGCACGGUACUGGCCCAGCAGCACCUACUAACCAAUAACCAACAACCGGACCGGCCCCGCAAGCGCUGCAGUUCGACACCCAGAGCAUCAUGCAGAACUUUCGCUGCGCAAAAAGCUUCAAGAACAGCGCAAAAAGCUGUACGGGCAGGCCGUCAAACCGUCUGCCGCCAACCCGGCCGUCCAGCAGUUUGUCCAGUCCGUCUGUCCCAA